AUGCUUCGCCAAACCGCCCUGUUUGCUCUCGCCCUCGCGGCGCCAGCGAUUGCCCAAGUGAGCGAGGGUUUUGAGAACGGAUGGGACCAGACUGCAUGGCCCUCGUAUGCGGCAGACUGCAACCAAGGUGGUAAAGUCAGCCUGGAUACGACAACCGCCCAUACUGGCAAGAACUCGAUCCGUGUCGAUGGUGCGGGAGGCUACUGCGGCCACAUCUUUGUCGGCACCAAGAAGAUUCCAUCGGGAGAUGUCUACGUCAGGACCUACUUGAAAGCAAGCAAGGCCUUGACCGACUCUCACGUGACAUUCAUCACAAUGCCAGACUCAGCCCAAGGCACAAACAAGCACCUGCGCAUUGGCGGACAAUCUAAGAUUCUCAUGUACAACCGCGAGACCGAUGAUGCCACUCUACCUGAUCUGUCGCCAAACGGUAUUGCAUCGUCCAAGCCGCUGCCCACGAACCAAUGGACAUGCUUCGAGUACCACCUCGGUACCGACGGCAGCAUCGAGACAUGGUUGAACAACAGCACUGUUUCUGGGUUGAACGUGGGUAAUGGAGCGUCGAACCCCAAUGGAGCGCAAUGGUCCAGGAGUACGAUCAAGCCUAAGAUUACCGGGGUGUACUUUGGAUGGGAGAGCUACGGUGGUGAUACCAACACAUUCUGGUAUGAUGACAUUGUUGUUAGCGACAAGAGGAUUGGAUGCUAG